CCCCAGCUCCGCUGCCACCGGCAGGCAGGCGGGCGGGCAAUGCUGCGAGCUGUGGGGCAUUGCCUGACCUGCCCCGGCCCCUGGAGCGGGCAGUGCCCAUGGCGGGCUUUCUGCUUUACACUCCGGCUCCAAGCAGGGGGCCGGGCACCCUCCCCCCGAGCGCGCCUGGCGCGGGCUUGGACGAGCGAGUAGUUCGUGCCAACUGCCCGGGGAAUACCCGGGGGCCAGGCAGCUCCCGCGGUCACCCGGGCUCGGAGCCUCCCCUGGGUAGCAGCCGGGCAGGGAGGCGGAGACCUCGUACCUUUCCCGGCGGGGGCCGUCCCCCGGGGUGGGCCGGGCUAGGAGCGCUCCGGGAGCGGCGGAGGGAGGGAGGGUGUGGGAGAGACUCCCCAGCAGUGCCUGGUUUCCCUCCCGCCUUCCUUCCCCGGGGCAGCGCCGGGGCUGCUUCCCUGCCUCCCGCCCCUGCGGUGGCUGCCCCUUUCCCUCCUUCAGCGCGCACACUCCUCCUCCUCCUCCUUCCCCCCACGCCCCUCCGGCCAUGACCUCCUCCCCCAAGCCCGAGAGGCGACGCUGGAGCUUGGGACGGCUGCCUGGGUCCCGGAAAGGGAGCAUGACUCCCAGCAAGAAGCCCUCCGCCCUGGAGCUGGCUGAAAACACCCCCAAUGCCCACUACGCCCCUAUGCCCCCCGCCCAGGAGCAGAUGCAGCAGGGCUCCAGCCAGCCGGCGGAUCCGGAUCGGGGCGAGCCGCAGUACAAGAGAGAGAUGGUGGUGGUGAACACGGACUGCCCCCGGCCACACAUCAACUUGGACCCUCGGGUCUCCAUCUACAGCAUCCGCAGACCGCUGCUGAGCAGGACCAACAUCCAAGGCAGGGUCUAUAACUUCCUAGAGAGACCCACCGGCUGGAAGUGCUUCGUGUAUCACUUCACUGUUUUCCUUAUAGUGCUGAUCUGCCUCAUAUUCAGUGUGCUUUCUACAAUUGAACAAUAUGCAACUCUGGCCACAGGGACAUUAUUUUGGAUGGAAAUUGUAUUAGUGGUGUUUUUUGGAACGGAGUAUGUGGUUCGCCUAUGGUCAGCAGGAUGCCGUAGUAAAUAUGUUGGAUUAUGGGGAAGGCUUCGUUUUGCUAGGAAGCCUAUUUCUAUCAUUGAUUUAAUUGUAGUUGUUGCUUCAAUGAUAGUUCUUUGUGUGGGCUCCAAAGGUCAAGUCUUUGCAACCUCAGCUAUCAGGGGUAUCCGCUUUCUCCAGAUCCUACGAAUGCUGCAUGUUGACCGUCAGGGUGGCACAUGGAGACUGUUGGGAUCAGUAGUUUUCAUACACAGACAAGAAUUAAUAACUACCUUGUAUAUUGGGUUUCUGGGCCUGAUUUUUUCAUCUUAUUUUGUGUAUUUGGCUGAAAAAGAUGCUGUGAAUGAUUCAGGACAAACAGAGUUUGGCAGCUAUGCAGAUGCCCUGUGGUGGGGAGUAGUGACUGUUACAACUAUUGGUUAUGGGGAUAAGGUACCUCAGACGUGGAUAGGAAAGACCAUUGCAUCUUGUUUUUCCGUGUUUGCUAUCUCAUUUUUUGCCCUUCCUGCGGGAAUUCUCGGUUCAGGCUUUGCCCUGAAGGUACAACAGAAACAAAGACAGAAACACUUUAACCGUCAAAUCCCAGCUGCUGCAUCUCUCAUUCAGACUGCAUGGAGGUGCUAUGCAGCAGAAAACCCAGACUCUUCUACAUGGAAAAUAUACAUAAGAAAACCUGCCAGAAAUUAUCAUUUGAUGUCACCUAGUCCAAAAUCAAAGAAAUCAGUAAUGGUAUCAGUGAAGAAGAAGUUUAAGACCGAGAAGGACAAUGGACCUUCUUCUCCAGAUAAAAUGUUAACUGUUCCACAUAUCACAUAUGACCACGUGAUGGAUGAUAGGAAGUCUGACUUUAAUAUUGAUGCAUAUGAAAAUUCUGACCGUCAGCAAUCCUGGGCAUCUCUUUCCGCACAGCAGUCGUCCUCCAGUGCUCCUCCUUCUCCAGUGAAAAAGAGUCCUGCAUUUUUAGAUGUGAACACGGUACCCUUCAUCAGGACCAACAGCUUUGCAGAUGAGCUUGACCUGGAGGGUGAAACUUUGCUGACCCCAAUAACUCACAUCUCACAGCUGCGAGAACACCACCGUGCUGCCAUUAAGGUGAUACGACGGAUGCAGUACUUUGUGGCAAAGAAAAAAUUUCAGCAAGCUAGAAAACCUUAUGAUGUACGAGAUGUUAUUGAACAGUAUUCUCAGGGUCAUCUCAACUUGAUGGUACGAAUCAAAGAGUUGCAAAGAAGGUUGGACCAAUCUAUAGGGAAGCCAUCUCUUUUUAUUUCUCUCUCAGAAAAAAGCAAAGACCGAGGGACUAACACGAUUGGUGCAAGGCUGAACAGAGUGGAAGACAAGGUAAUGCAAAUGGACCAGAAAUUAAACCUCAUUACAGAUAUGCUGCAUCACCUGGUUUCCAAUCAGCAGGAUGGCCAAAGCAGUAACGGAUCAUCUCAGAGAAGCAACACCAUUAACUCAGAUUUCUUCCUCCCUAACAACACCCUCCCUACUUAUGAACAACUGACAGUACCAAGAAGAAUCCAAGAUGACAUAUCCUGAUAUGGUAGAAAUACAGGUGGUUGUUUUUUCCCUUUUUAAAUGGAACUGAAGGUUGUGAAUCUGGAAAGAGUUAAAUUUAUCAGCCAUAUGGAACGCACAUGACUACUGUACCAAUGUUUCUCGCCUCUGAAACACUCCUUCCAAAGACAGUCAGUCAGAUCAGAUGAAGAUUUAUCAAGCUAACACACCUCAAGGCCUCUGUGCUGUGUUGUUUUAACACAGUACAUUCUUAAAUUCCAUUUUUAUUUUGUUCAAGAACAGUCGAGUGCAAUUCAUCAUGGCACUGCAAGACCAAAACAACAUAGAAGACAGGCAAAAUUGCAAGGAAUUUAUGGCUCUUUUUAAAGGAAAUAUAGUAAUACUUGAACUUAGAUAGCAAUGUGUGCAUUCUGUUUAUGAAUCUACUGAUAGCAAUAUAGUUUUACUAGUUAGAUUUUAAAGCAAAAUGGGGUAACUUAUGUUGAUUUUAUUGUAUAAACAUACCACUGACAUUCUAGAGAAUGACAAACCGCACAGUGAAUUAUUUUCUUUUCUCUGUUACAUAAACACUUACCAGAUAAUGACUAGAUUUUCUUUUUAAUCUGUUUUUCUUCAGGGAAGAAGUAGUGGUUAAUCUGAAACCAUACUGUUUAUAGAGGAAAGUGCUAUAGAUUUUUUUAAGAUAUGAAGUUUUCAUGGGAGAAGGAUAAAAUACGUCAAUGAAAAAAAUAAUUCUGCUUUCUAGAAACUGCUGCCAAAGAGUUUAUAUAUAAAUGUUAACACAACUAUCUAAAUGUGCUUGUCCAGAAAGAUCUUUUUAAAAUGAGUGUUCACUGCUUUUAUAUUUUUUCUAUGUCUAAUUUUUGUAGCAUUACUUCCAAAAAUGUUACAAGUAAAUACAUGCAAAAGUCUAAAGCAACUGGAUCUUGUUGGUCAAGUGCUUGAAUCCGCCAGUUAUUGAGCAUCCACAACUCCCAUAGGAACCGAGGCCCCAGUUCAGAAAUGCAUCUCUAGUCGGUACAGCAUGUAAGCACAUACAUUAAGUCCUUAAGCAUGUUUUUCCUGACUAGGGAUAGAUUUAAGCAUGUGCCUAAGUGCUUUCCUGAAUCAGGGACUCAAAACACUCAGCUCCCAACAGGAGACACUCAAAACCCCCAAAGGCUUAGGCCCUAAUUUAGGGGACCAAGGCCAUUAAAACUAAAGACUCACAUUGACUUGGUCAUUCAGGCUCCAAAUCCUACUUGUCACACUCAUACAAGUAGUCCCUACUGAAGUCAGUGGGCCAAAUUCUGCCCUUAUUUAUGCCAGUAAAGUUAGUGGAGUUCCUCCACAUUUAUUUUUGUAUUAAUGAGAGCAGAAUUUGGCCCAGUGUGACUACUCACAUGAGUGAGGUGAGCAGGAUUUGGACUUAGGUGACUUAGAGUGAAAUUCGCCCCUUACCAAAAGCCAACAUAAAGCCUGUCCACUUCAAAGGCUUCAGUAGGUCUUAAAUGGUGCACAAGUUUUGUAUUGGCUCUCUAAACAUUGAUGAAGUUCACCCUGGUUGAGAGAGUGACCGAAAACUGGUGAUUACAAAGCAAAUAUUUAGGCCAAAUUAAUGACUAGGUUUAUUGCAGGUAAAUGAAGAGGAGGGCAGAUGGGGUAGGUCACAAACUCUUCUACUGUUGUAGCAAUAGAUAUAAAAAUCCAAGAUCUGAAUAUUUAGUCCUGUAUAUUUGAAAGGAAUUGGACUGUAUUGCAAAACUGAGGCCCCAUAGCCACUUAAUAUUACAUAGCAGUUAACCUCACCACACUUUAACAUAUGAGUAACAUGAAAUACUUGUGCAUAUCGAUUGAAUUGAGCUCACAGGGUAGCAUAGGUAAUAGGUCUGGGCUUUGUUUUAAACAUUUAAUCUUCUAACAUGUCUGAACUCAGUUGAAUUAUAGAGCAAAGCAUACUGUAUCUCCUUAUACCGAUUGUUAAAAUUAUUCAGUCUUGCUGCUAUACAGUAGAUCAUUUUAAGGGUGUAGAAAUUUACAGUUGUAAACAGGGACUAUUUCGGGGCAUUAUGUUUUAUAGAAAUCAAAAAUAAUUGUGAUGAUUUUGAAUUUGUUUUUUAAUGAAGUUCACUGUGUAAUUUCAGGUUAUUAAUCUGACUGUUAAUUUCCUAAUAAAAUACAGG